CCGCCGUCAUAAUCUCCUACCGCCUAUAGCCACCGUAUUCUGACGUCAUGCUCAGCGCAUCUGCCACCGCCCAAUCCACAGCCGCUCUCUUCAACCUCCCUCCCACCACCACCUCAAUUACAAUCAUCGCAAUCACAAGCACUAUCAUUUCCAUUUUAACUAUUAACACCAUCGGAGUUUUCUGAAUUCACUUUUCUCAUUGGAAUUUAAUUAUAAGCUAAAUAAAGCCCUCUUCAUUUAUAUACUCAAGUAUCUUCGGUCUACACGUAUUUAAUUCUCGAUAUGUUGGCGGUGUAUCAGCAAUUUUCUGCCUUCAGAAGCUUAAAGGAAGCCGCUUCACAGUUUCAGCAUCUUGAUAACCACAAAAGGAGGAAUGCAAAAUGGAGGUCACCAAGAGCAGCCAUAAUUCCUAAUUUUCAUCUCCCAAUGCGUAGUUAUGAAGUUAAAAAUCGGACUAAUACGGAAGACAUAAAGUCACUUCGACUGAUAACAGCCAUUAAAACCCCGUAUCUUCCAGAUGGCAGAUUCGAUCUGGAAGCUUAUGAUGCCUUGGUGAAUAUGCAGAUUGAACAUGGUGCUGAGGGUGUGAUUGUUGGUGGCACCACCGGUGAAGGCCAGUUGAUGAGCUGGGACGAACAUAUAAUGCUCAUCGGUCACACUGUCAACUGUUUUGGUGCUUCCAUAAAGGUUAUUGGAAAUACAGGAAGCAACUCAACUCGAGAAGCAAUGCAUGCUACCGAACAAGGCUUUGCCGUUGGAAUGCAUGCAGCUCUUCAUAUCAAUCCUUACUAUGGGAAGACCUCGUUGGAGGGGUUGAUUUCUCACUUUGAGAGUGUACUUCCCAUGGGCCCUACAAUCAUAUACAACGUGCCAUCACGAACUGGCCAAGAUAUUCCCCCAUCUGUGAUUCAAACUGUGGCAUGGAGUCCCAACUUGGCUGGUGUCAAGGAAUGUGUUGGGAAUGAUAGGAUAGAUCAGUAUAUGAGUGACGGGAUUACCGUUUGGAGUGGAAACGACGAUCAGUGCCAUGAUUCGAGGUGGGAUUAUGGAGCUGCGGGCGUGAUAUCAGUUACUAGCAACUUGGUUCCUGGUCUUAUGAGAGACCUCAUGUUCCAGGGGAAGAAUCCAUUGUUGAAUUCAAAACUCCUGCCUCUUAUUGAUUGGCUUUUUCACGAGCCAAAUCCUAUUGGCUUAAAUACAGCUCUUGCUCAGCUUGGAGUUGUGAGGCCAGUUUUCCGCUUACCAUACGUACCUCUUCCUUUGGCAAAGAGAGUGGAGUUUGUGAGUAUAGUGAAGGAGCUCGGACGGGAGAAUUUUGUUGGAGAGAAAGAUGUUCAGGUUCUGGACGACAAUGACUUCAUUUUGAUCGGUCGAUAUUAGCUGAUAUUUAGUGCGAGAGAACUAGGUUGGUUCUGGUUUUGUUGUUGUUCUUGAAUUCCAUUUUUGAACAUUAAAAUAACUGUUUUAAAUGUGUUGGCUUUUUUGUGACUUGUGUAAAACUGACAUGUCCUAGUUUUGUAUUGCUACUAAGUGUUUGUAAAUUAUUCUCUCACCAAUAUCAGAACAGAUUCGUUUAUUUGUUUGA